CCUCUCCCCGGUUGGCGAGGGCAAAGUGGCCGUGGCGGCGCCAUGCCCGGGCCGGAGUGAGUGCGCGCGGGCGAAAAUGGCGUACAUCCAGUUGGAGCCUUUAAAUGAGGGGUUUCUUUCUAGAAUCUCCGACCUGCUGCUCUGCAGAUGGACUUGCCGGCACUGCUGUCAGAAGUGCUAUGAGUCCAGCUGUUGCCAGUCGAGUGAGGAUGAAGUUGAAAUUCUGGGACCUUUCCCUGCCCAGACGCCUCCCUGGCUGUUGGCCAGCCGGAGCAGCGACAAGGACGGGGACUCUGUCCACACAGCCAGCGAAGUCCCCCUGACCCCACGGACCGACUCCCCAGAUCGCAGAUGCUCGUCCUCAGACACAUCUAAGUCUACGUACAGCCUGACCCGGAGGAUUUCAAGUCUCGAGUCCAGACGACCCAGCUCCCCUCUCAUCGAUAUUAAACCCAUCGAGUUCGGCGUUCUCAGCGCCAAGAAAGAACCCAUCCAGCCCUCGGUGCUCAGGCGGACCUAUACCCCGGAUGACUAUUUCCGGAAGUUCGAGCCCCGCCUCUACUCCCUCGACGCCAACAGUGAUGACGUGGACUUCCUGACGGACGCGGAGAUCCUGUCCAAGUACCAGCUGGGCAUGCUGCACUUCAGCACCCAGUACGACCUGCUGCACAACCAGCUGACGGUGCGCGUGAUCGAGGCCAGGGACCUGCCGCCCCCCAUCUCCCACGACGGCGCGCGCCAGGACAUGGCGCAUUCUAACCCCUACGUCAAGAUCUGCCUCCUCCCGGACCAGAAGAACUCCAAACAGACCGGGGUCAAGCGCAAGACCCAGAAGCCUGUGUUCGAGGAGCGCUACACGUUCGAGAUCCCCUUCCUGGAGGCGCAGAGGAGGACCCUGCUCCUGACCGUACUGGACUUUGACAAGUUCUCGCGCCACUGUGUCAUUGGCAAGGUGGCCGUGCCUCUGUGUGAGGUCGACCUGGUGAAAGGCGGACACUGGUGGAAGGCGCUGAUUCCCAGUUCUCAGAACGAGGUAGAACUGGGGGAGCUGCUUCUGUCACUGAAUUAUCUCCCGAGUGCUGGGAGACUGAAUGUCGAUGUCAUUCGAGCCAAGCAACUUCUUCAGACAGAUGUCAGCCAAGGUUCAGACCCCUUUGUGAAAAUCCAGCUGGUUCAUGGACUCAAGCUUGUGAAAACCAAGAAGACAUCGUUCUUAAGAGGCACAAUUGAUCCUUUCUACAACGAAUCCUUCAGCUUCAAAGUACCCCAAGAAGAACUGGAAAAUGCCAGCCUAGUGUUUACAGUGUUCGGCCACAACAUGAAGAGCAGCAACGACUUCAUCGGCAGGAUCGUGAUCGGCCAGUACUCUUCCGGCGCCUCCGAAUCCAACCACUGGAGGCGGAUGCUCAACGCCCACCGCACGGCCGUGGAGCAGUGGCACAGCCUGCGGUCCCGGGCCGAGUGUGACCGCGUGUCUCCUGCCUCACUGGAGGUGACCUGAAGGCUGCAGGGAAAGCAGCUUUUGAUUAUGAGACAAGGACGAAAGGACAGAAACUUUAAGACAAAACAAUAUGCCAUAUUCCUGUAACACCCACACCUGCACACACACACACACACACACCCCUCCUCUCAGAACUGGGAGGAAGCUGACUAUUGAUCACAAACCAGCUGCCCUAAGGACUGAGGUCUGAGAACUUUCCAGAAGCCCCGUCCGUAGGUCAUGUGCGGAGUGGGCUCUGCUAUGAGACUUCUGGGCAGCGCCUGCUCUUGUUGAUACCCCCCUCACCCCCAAAUUCACUUUCACCCCUCGGGCCAGAGAAAGGACCUCCCCAAGGGUGCCAGCCUCCACGAAGACGAAAUUCGCCAAGGAUUUGGCCCGUGUUGGAAGGCCCAAUGCCUGUGCCCAAAAGGCACACACCCACUGGGUGACUCCAGAACGGGCUGCGCUUCCCUGGGGUUCUUCACACCUGUCCCUUUCCCCCCAAAGUGUAAGUAUUCAGUCUUCUCUUUAGUGGACGUGAUAAAUAGCUUAGACUAUUUGGAGAAACCAAAUGGCAGCAAAAAACAUCCCGGUGUUGGAAACCUCUCCUGCUUAACUGGAUUCCUCCCUGUGUUAGCUUCUUCCUGGAGCCCCUGUGUGUGUGUGUGUCCAUGUCCGUGUGCGUGCACAUGUGCCCUCACAGAUGAGCCUGUGUGUGCCCUUGGUGAGGAAGGUGCCCGGCUGUGGCCUCAGUCUUGGGCACCUCCUUCCCUCUGCCCGUCCCGUCAGUGACAUUUCACCCCAGCGUCCUCCUGUCUGUCCGGACCCUACCUGCAGUCGCAGUAGCGUGUGUGAAUGUCAAGUUAAUAGACUCCGAUGAAGCAGAAGUAACUUUUUUUAUGAUUUUCAAAUGUUUUCCUUUUUUUAGGUUUUUAUUUUUU